AUGGAUAAAGACGAGAAGGAUCAUGAAAAGCUGUACAAAAGUAACACAAUGUACCCUUCUGAUUUUUUGAACAAAAGUCGGUUCUCAAGCGUAGAGAAUUAUCGCAAACGACAAAUGAACUCCAUUAAAUUAAAGAAGAAGAAAAUUGAAAUUAUUCGUUCAUUCAUUCUUUGGCUUCGAAAGUCGUAUAUCACUGGUGUAGUUAUAGUUGUUGAUAUUAUAAUGAACUUGUCACUGUGUUUUUUGAACGUUGUAGAUAGUUAUUUGGACACUCCAUCUCAUUUGUACGUGUUACUUUAUAUUGAAUUUGGAGUGAAUGUGUAUCUCUUACUCUCUUGGUUCUACGAAUUUGUUGUGAAUUUACACGUCCGAAGAUUCAUGCUUCCCAUUUCAUUAUUAAUUUUAACGAUUACAUUCAUCCCAUUGAUAUACUUUGUGGUGACAAAAACAACGAUAUUUGAACAUUGGAAAGGUCACACGCACAUCCAUUCACUCUGUUUUCUCAGAAUCAUAUAUGUCGACUGUUUAUUUUCCGAGGCAUUAAUGUACUUCUGGAUAGGAGAGAACAAAAAGAAGUUUUUAAUUACUGAGACCAUUAUCACAACUUUUGUCACAACCUUUUCUGUGUUGUUCCUUUCAGCUUCUAUAUUUAGAAUUCUUGAAGGGUUUAAAGUCGAGUCGAAAUUUCAUCGAUUCCACAACUGUUUUUACUUUGUGGUUGUUACUGUUGUAACAGUGGGGUUUGGGGAUAUGUAUCCUGAUUCAGACUUGGGCAGGAUCUUCUGUUGUUUGUAUAUCCUUGCGUUCUUUCUUUACUUCCCAAUGCGAUUAUCAAAGAUCAUUAACGCCUUGAAAAUGAAGGACCAAGACAAAUUGAGUAACUGCAAGAAUCAUGUGUUGUAUACUGGAAGUGGUGAUAUGUUGCAUUCUUUUGUGCCUAAAAUAAAAAGAGAUUUGGUAGUGUUGCUACCCAACGUGCAGGAUAACAUCAUGUCAAAAAGAAAGUACAACAGAUUCACUUAUAAAGGUGAUGCACAAAAUGAAUUUGAUGUUACUCAAACGUCUACUGAAUAUGCAAGUGCAAUAAUACUGACUUCCGACAAGAACGAAGAGCUGACGUUUAUACGAUUUAAAACGUUGUUACAAAACUCAACAUGUCAGAUAUAUGUGUUAUUAAAUACAAUGGACUUAUUCAAUUUGUUUGUGGAACACAAUGCAGUCUGUUUAUGUAAAGAACAGUUCAGACUCUUACUUGCAUGUGAGUUACUUUGUCCACACUCCUUUGACGUUUUACGAUCACUCUUCUCGAUCAAAACAAGAAGUCCAGAGACUAAUGUGCUGAGAAAUUUAGAAGUCCCAAACUCUUUCGUUGGGAUGUCAUACAAUCAAAUCAGUCUUGAGUUGGUCGAACACUUCAAUUGUAUAUUAGUUGGUGUCGAACAUGACAAUGAAGUUGAGUACUGUUCUCCAACAAAAAUACUCCAACGUGGUGAUAUACUCUUUGUUAUAUCAGACGAGAAAACAUAUCAUCAUAUCAAAGAACAAAAAAAUGGGAAAAUGGUCGACAUAUUAUCUGAUACACAAACACCUAUUUUACAACCAAAAAUUGUGCAUAACAAGAAAAAGAAGCUUUCAACUGUUCUAGUGGAAAAUUUUAAAGGAAAGAAACAUAAAUUAAUAAUCGGAUAUCAUCGAGGGGUCUCUUCCAUUUUGUCGACAUUUAGAGAAAAAAGUGGUGUGCCGAUAGUCAUAUGUAUUCACGGCUUGAAAGAGGUGUCUGCAGACUGGAGGGAUUUAUCGCUUAUUGAUAACUUGUACAUUGUACAAGGUAAUUUACAUGAGAUAUCAUUCUACACGAGAGUGCGUGUCUUUGCAGCAACUGGCAUUUGUAUCUUUUGCUCCGACAAAAAUGGGAAAGAUGACACUAACGUUGUUGUCAUCUAUACAAUACUUAACGGACUUCUUAAACAAGAAAAAGAAGUCAAAAAGAGUCGUGGUGAAAGGGUGAAGGACAUUCGAAUAAUUUGUGAAAUUGACAAAAUAGAGAACGAGCGAUUUAUCAAAGAAAGUGGGACGCCAUACAGUGACAAAUACAUUGCGGAAGUUAUUUGUAAUCUAGUGGAGUACAAACACAACGAAGUGGUGUGGAGGGAUUUUUCUUCUUUUAAGAGUAGCAUUGUAAUCAAAAGCAUUCGAAUGAAAAAGGAAGUCUCUGGUACACUCUUUGGACUUUUAUUUGAAUUUUUACUUGAGAAUGAAAUUAAGUGCAUUGGUGUAUUGAAAAGAUUGAACGAAAGGUAUCAUAUACUAACACAAGCAGACUAUUUACUCAAUGAAGAUGAUGUCGUGUUCUGUAUUGUUAGGAAAAGCGAUGAAAAGUUCUUUGGAGAAAGGGUUUUAUUGUUUAACUCAUAUGUCGUGCAAAGUAGUAGUAGUAAUAGAGACGACUUUGAUAAUAUUGUGUUCAGAGAGAGUGAACACAAUAGUGCUUUUUCUGUUGUUAUAAACAGAAGUAAAGUAUUUCAAAAAGAUGAAAAAAAUUGUUUUGAUCAAGUAGAGCUUGAGACAAGACUCUAA